AACAGACGAGAAGCGAAAUAGGAGGGGGAUUUCCAACUUGAGGCCGCAUGACCCGAGUCAACCUUGUUUUGCUUUCGCUCUGGACCAGAAACAACCGAACAACGCUCUCACUUUCCUUUUUCGGAUAAAGCCCUCAAACAGUUUUCAAAUUACCCACAGCAAGCGGCGUGAGUUAUUCUGUCUGCUGUUAUAAGCUGCCCAAAGUAAAAAGAUACCACAAUGCCUGUAGACAGAAUGAGAAUGCGGCCGUGGUUGGAAGAACAGAUCAACUCCUGCCAGAUACCAGGCCUCAAAUGGGUUAACAAAGAAAAAAGAAUCUUCCAGAUUCCUUGGAUGCAUGCUGCUCGGCAUGGCUGGGAUUUAAAGAAAGAUGCUCCUCUCUUCAUGAGAUGGGCUAUACAUACUGGGAAGUAUCAGCCAGGUAAAGACUGCCCAGAUCCAAAGACAUGGAAGGCAAAUUUCCGCUGUGCAAUGAACAGCCUGCCUGAUAUUGAGGAGGUGAAGGAUAAAAGCAACAAAAAAGGAACAAAUGCAUUCAGGGUCUACAAAAUGCUGUCGUUGUCAGAGAGAGGUCUAAAGAAAGGAAAGAAAAGGAUUGACAAAGAGAGUAAAGCCACAGGAAAUGAAGAGGUAGCAUGUCCGUCUUUUGAGAGGACACCUCUUCUCAUUCGUCCUGUUCAUUUGGAAAACAUCAAACAGGAAUCUCAAGAUGAAGUAGAGAUGCCUCAUACGACCAAAGCUACUCCUGGUGAAGAAGACCAUGUGGUAGCAACCGAGCUGCUACCGUUUGUCUGUCAAACAAUCGAAGUGAAAACAGAGAAUGAAGAGGAGACCGUUAGCUCAUCCCAUUUGUACCCUCUGCAAAUCUCUCCUAUAUCUUCGUAUAGUGGUAGCGACACAGACAGCGAUACUGAGGAUAGCAGCCAGGUUGUCAAUCCAGCCUGGAGGCGGGAUCAUGGCAGGUCAGUGCUUAAGGUGUCCCCCUAUUCCCUCCCUGGCAUGGCCACCUUUGUUAGAGGAAGCAAACCUUACUGCAGAAUAACCACCACACGAGACCCUGCCCCUCUCAUCAGCUAUCACAGCAACAGCUGGACAACAUCUUACAGCCAGAACUCUCUUGCCACUUCAAUACCAAAUCACACGCAUGAAAUGCGGGCCAGCGUUAUUAUGAAAACCUCAGAUGUCACCUCCUCCUAACCUCAAGACAAGAUCCUAGUUUCAUUUAAGUCAGACAUUGACUUGACCAUUUCUUGGCAAACAUAUUGCUUCAUUGUUGCAUUUGUAUUUGUAAAAGAUGCUUUGUUUGAAUUGUCUUCUUUUGUAGCCUGCAAAUGCACUGCCCACAUUUACAGUAAGAAACCCCAAAAAAAGAGUUUGUUCAUUUGUCAAACAAACAAUGUAGCUGUUUGAAAGCUAAAGUCUAGUUCCCUAUAAUGAAUAAUUAAAACAAACAAACAAAAAAAAAA